AUGAAAGCUAUUUUUCUUAAUCACCUCUGUGGAUCGGAUGCCGACUUGAGGUUCAACUUGGCUACUCCACGAGAUAUUUUUAAGCAGCGAACACCGAAAGUUGAUAGCGGCAAUUCGGACGAGAAGUCAGAGGAGAUUCGAAACUAUGUUCACAACACUUUCGAGCUUUUCGAGAAGAUUUUUGACUGUUUGGCAUAUGAAGAAUCCUUUACUGUUCAACCUAUUCACAAGUUACGCCAUCCUCUCAUCUUUUACUAUGGUCACACGGCCUGCUUCUAUAUCAAUAAGCUCUGUGUAUCCGGCAUUUCGACACAUAUCAACCCUAGAUUUGAAGAGAUGUUCGCUGUCGGAAUCGAUGAGAUGAGCUGGGACGACCUCAACACCGCGCAUUACGACUGGCCGACUGUAGCAGAAGUACGUGAUUAUCGUUUGAAGGUACGCACCCACAUCGACGAGUUGAUGCGAAGUGGAAAAUUCAAGCUCACGAUGCCGCUGACCUUCUCGAAUAGUGUUGCGGAUGAGUCCAACGCGUUUUGGUGGGUGAUACUUAUGGGUGCCGAGCACGAGCGUAUUCACAUCGAAACCGCCAGCGUUCACGUGCGUGAGCUUCCCAUCAACCUUGUUAAACCGUCCACUGCGUCCUUCUGGGUUCGAUGCCCCCACACAGGCGCGGAGGCGCCCACCAAUGAGCUCAUUCCGAUUUCCGGCGGCCGCGUGCAGUUUGGUCGUCCGCCGUCGUCAGCGGUGUACGGGUGGGAUCAGGAUUACUCGGACGGCUCGAACUGGGUCGACGUCGCACCUUUUAAGGCAAGUAAGUACCUCGUAUCCAACGCGGAGUUCCUCACCUUCAUGCAAGCAAAUGGCUACAACACCCAACGGUACUGGGAUGAGGAGGGGUGGAGCUGGGUGCGCUGGAAAGGGCCGACUCACCCGUGGUUUUGGGUGCUUGAUGAAAGUCGCCCCGGUGGGUAUGCUCUUCGUCUGCAGACGGAGCUGAUUGAUUUACCGUGGGAUUGGCCUUGUGAGCUAAACAACCUUGAGGCUCACGCAUUCUGUAACUUUAAGAGCGAGAUCCUUGGUAAGAAGGUUCGCCUGCUUACUGAAGAAGAGUGGACGUUGCUCUACGAUCGCUACAUUCAGCAGGAUCAAGCUGAAUGGGGAGAGGCGUCAGCACCCGGCAACGUCAACCUCGAGCACUACCAGAGCAGCUGUCCCGUAAGCUUAUUCAAACAUGGAGAUUUAUACGAUGUAAUCGGCAAUGUUUGGCAGCACUGCUGCACGCCAGUUUACCCGCUUAAGGGAUAUGAGGUGCAUCCCUUCUAUGAUGACUUCUCCCUUCCCACGUUUGAUGGUCUUCAUGCGAGUAUGAAAGGAGGAACCUGGGUGACCACGGGCAAUGCAGCCACUCGAGAUGCGCGGUUUGCUUUUCGGAGGCACUUUUUCCAAUAUAUUGGUGUGCGUUACAUAGAGGGUGAUGAUGUCGAAUUGUCGAAAUACCUGUCCAGUCCUAUUGGCCUGGAUCCGGAGGUUGAUGCAAUUACCGACACGUGCUACCGCGAUUACUUCGCAGGGAUCCCGAACGGCUGCUUGAGGGUCGCCAAUUUUGCCCUUGAUUCCUUUAACAAACACGCCAAAGUUCCUCCUACCCGUGCCAUGGAUUUGGCCUGUGGCUCGGGUCGUGUUUCGUUUGAGCUCACCCAGACGUUUCCGGAGGUUAUAGGUGUGGAUCGCAGUGCGCGUCGCCUCAUCCCUGGCUUUGCAAUGUGUGAGAGGGGUAGGUGCCAGUACAGUGUGGUGAACCCCAAUUCAGGUGAACAGCGGAGGUAUGAAGUUGAAGGCGAUACUUACCCAUGGGGCUCUACCCGCGGGCGUGCGACCUUCUUCCAAGCUGAUUUCACCGAACUUCACACUCAUCUGGAUAAUUUUUCACUAAUCGUUUGCUGGAAUUGCCUCGAGCAGAGCUAUCAUCCGUCAGCGAUUCCAAGCCACCUUCUUGGUCGUUUGCAAAAGGGUGGGAUCCUAGUGAUCGGCGGGGAUUAUAAUUGGAGCCAUAUCAAGUAUUCCCUCUCCGAUGAGAAGGGAAAGAGUCUUGACGUUCAAACCGCGGAUCCGUUGGUAAACUCUGUGGGGGAUAAGCAGGAGAAAAUUUUCGAGCUUUUGGGUGGCUCCGCGGCUGUUGAUCGAGUCGGUGAAACAGUUAGCAUCCCUGUUGUGUUUUCCCAAAAUGACAACAUGGCAGAGAUUCGGAUAGUUCAUCUUAAUGCUUAUCUAAAGAAGUGA